AAUUGUGUGGAAAUUGGGAUUUAGGGUUUGGGAUAUCUGGGUUGAUUUAAUUCUGAUUUGAGCUGAUCAUGGAGCUAAGGUUCGUCGCUUCGUUACGUUUCCUCAAAGCAUCUCCGCCGAAGUGAUAGCACCAUCUCACAAGCUUGAUUCUGGAAGACGUAAGGUUCGAUAACCGCUUGAUUUCUCUCUCGAGAAGAAACAGUUGUUGCAUCUGUAUUUGUAUGGUUGCUGUUAUUGAUUUGUGAUGAGAUCAUCGGGCUCUCCUUCCGGGAGGAAGAGCAAGAAGCUCGCCGCGAUCUGCGAGGAGGAAUACAACAGAAACCAUGGAGAGGCGAAGGACAGAGACGCUCCUGCUGACUCUGAGCUUCGGCGGAGCUCUAGGGUGAGGCGGAUACCGUCCAUCCUCGACGCUUCUCCUCCUCCUGCGAAGAAACGACGGCGUUUGAAUAGGAGGAGUAGUAGUAGUAGUCUAAGGAGAGUGGUGAAGGAGGAGGAUGGUGAUUCGGAUAGCGCUGAUGAUGGUUGGAAAUCUAGGUUGAGGUCGAGGUCGAGGAGGAGGAAGAACGCUGGUGGUUCUCAAGCGAGUGUGGUUGAGAGGAAGAGAAAGCUAGUUUUCGGCAAUGAGUUGAGGGAGAAAUCAGUGGCGAAAGGAAGAGGAGGGAAGAUGAUGAAAACAAAGAAGCAAGUGGAAUCUGAGAGUUCGCAGAAUGAGUCGGGUAGUAAUGCUGAAGAAGAGGAGAGUGGGAGCGAGUCGGAGGCUGACAGUGAAGCUGGAGAGGAGGAGGAUGAGAAGGAGAAGACUACCAAAAGAUCAGUUGUUUUAGAGAGUGAAGAUGAAGAUGAAGAUGAAGAUGAAGUUGAUGGAGCGGAGGCUGAGAGCGAGGAUGAAGCAGACAGUACUGAAAAUGAGACUGAGGAUAGUGAUGAAGAAGGGGAAAGUGAAGAAAAAGGUAGUGCAGAGAAGGAAGGAAGUGAGAUUAAAGGUAAUGUGGAUGGAACAGCAGCUGAUACUGAUGUUAGAAUGGAAGAAGUGGAAAAUGAGAGUGGGGAUCAAAUUGAAGGAUUGGCACUUGAAGGAACUGAGGAUAAGGAGUUGGUUGCAGUGGUUUCUGAAAGUGGAAAUGGCACUGGUAUACUAGGGGAUGAUAUUGAUGUUGCUGAUGAUGUUAAGACCGAUGAUCCUGAACCACUACAGAAAGCUGACAUCGAUGUUAACGACAGUUUGAAGCAGAGUGAUGAUAGUGGAGAGCAAGGUGUUUCUAGAACACCAUCUAUUGAUAAGACCAAAGAACAUUGUGAGGUUCACGAUAAAGUGGGUGAAAGUGUGGAAUUGCUUGACGAGUUGCCUAUUCAAAAUGAAACUUGCAACAAAGUAGUUGACUCAGUUUGCACUUCAUCAGAUAGACUUGGUAAUCCUCCCUUCAAACAAGCCAGACGCUGUGGUUUAUGUGGAGUUGGCACUGAUGGAAAACUCCCGAAGAAGUUGAUACAAGAUAAUGGUGACAGUGACAUAGAGGCACAUAGCGGGUCUUCAUCUUCAGGGGAGCCAAACUAUGACAUAUUGGAUGGUUUUGGAGAUGAACCUGGGUGGCUUGGCCGUCUAUUGGGCCCUAUAAACGAUCGUUAUGGAAUUUCUGGAACGUGGGUUCAUCAGCACUGUGCCGUAUGGAGUCCCGAGGUUUACUUCGCUGGUGUAGGACACUUAAAGAAUAUAAGGGCGGCACUUUGCAGAGGGAGGUCACUAAAAUGCACUCGCUGUGAAAGACCUGGGGCAACCAUCGGUUGUCGUGUUGAUAGAUGUCCAAGAACCUAUCAUUUGCCUUGUGCACGAGCUAAUGGUUGCAUCUUUGAUCACCGUAAGUUUCUCAUUGCUUGCACGGACCACAGACAUCAUUUCCAACCCCAUGGUCGUCAAUGUCAAGUCACGAUGAAGAAGAUGAAAACCAAGAAGAUGCGUUUGGAGGUGAGGAAGCACUCAAAUGAUGCAUGGCGUAAGGAUGUGGAAGCGGAAGAAAAGUGGUUAGAGAAAUGUGGAGACGAUGAAGAAUUUUUAAAACGUGAAAGCAAGAGACUUCACCGAGAUCUGUUAAGAGUGGCUCCUGAGUAUAUCGGAGGCUCUGAUUCUGAGAACGGAAAGGCAUUUGAAGGGUGGGACUCAGUUGCUGGGCUUGAGGGUGUAACUCAAUGUAUGAAAGAGGUUGUUCUUUUACCUUUACUAUAUCCAGAAUUCUUUGAUAACCUUGGACUUACACCUCCUAGAGGUAUCCUCUUGCAUGGACAUCCUGGAACUGGAAAAACUCUUGUGGUUCGAGCAUUGAUUGGUUCCCUCGCUCGUGGUAAUAGACGGAUUGCCUACUUUGCCCGCAAAGGGGCAGACUGUCUGGGAAAAUAUGUUGGUGAUGCUGAGCGCCAGUUGAGACUCUUAUUUCAGGUCGCUGAAAAAUGCCAACCAUCAAUCAUAUUUUUUGAUGAAAUUGAUGGUCUUGCUCCCAAGCGGUCAAGGCAGCAAGAUCAAACACACAGCUCUGUUGUAUCCACAUUGCUCGCUUUACUAGACGGCUUAAAGUCGCGUGGCUCAGUGGUGGUCAUAGGUGCUACAAACUACCCUGAUGCUAUUGACCCAGCAUUAAGGAGGCCGGGGAGAUUUGAUAGGGAGAUCUAUUUUCCACUACCGUCGCUCGACGAUAGGGCUGCAAUCAUCUCACUCCAUACUAGAAAGUGGCCUAAGCCGGUGUCUGGAUACUUGCUCAAGUGGGUUGCUAAAGAAACUGCUGGUUUUGCUGGUGCGGAUAUACAAGCUCUCUGCACGCAAGCUGCCAUGAUUGCCUUGAAUAGGAGCUUUCCCUUGCAAGAAUCUUUGGCCGCUGCAGAGUUGGGAAUCUCUAGGAGUAAUCGUGUUGCUCUACCAUCCUUCUCAGUUGAAGAAAGAGAUUGGUUGGAAGCUUUAUCCCGCUCCCCACCCCCAUGCUCUCGUAGAGGAGCAGGAAAAGCAGCUAGCGAUAUAUAUUCAUCUCCUCUUCCUGUUUACUUGGUUCCUUCUUUGUUACCGUCAUUGUGUUCUUUACUUGUUGCUUUUCAUCUUGAAGAGCGCAUCGUGCUGCCACCUCUGCUUUCUAAAGCUGCGGUUGAUUUCCAAAAUGUGAUCUGUUCUGCUUUGAGCGACAAGAAGAUAACUGAUGAUUGCUGGUGGUCCCAUGUUGGUAGCCUUCUCCAGGAGGUAGAUGUUGUGAAAGAUAUAGUUCAGAGACUUUCUUAUGCUGGGAUACUGGAUGGAGGAUGUGACUCAGUUAGAUCUGUUCCAAGCGCCCCUGGUGCUGGCGAGUGUAGUUUGGGUUCUGCACAGUUCAUGGUACACAGAGUCCGCCGACAUCCUGGGUUGGGGAAUGCUCCUUCAGAAUCAAUGAACAAGUCUGGAUUCCAACUGCUUAUUGCUGGAGGACCUAGAUCUGGUCAACGUCAUCUUGCUUCUUGCAUCUUGCAUUGUUUUAUUGGAAAUGCAGAGAUGCAGAAGAUAGACACUGCAACCAUUUCACAAGAAGGAAAUGGGGAUCUGGUGCUAGGCGUAACUCACUUAUUAAUUAAAUGUGCUAGCAGGAAAUCGAGUGUGGUAUUCAUGCCAAGGAUUGACUUGUGGGCUGUAGAGACAGAAACUCCACUGAAUGAGGAGGUCAAGUGUGAUGAUGAUUCUGUAAAAGAAAAUGCUUCUUCCGUUCGUCCAGAAACAGUGGAGAAAAUGGAGUUGCAGUAUUCUUUUCGAGUAUCACAUGCUUGGAAUACAUUUUUGGAGCAAGUAGAAUCAUUGCGAGUUUCCACAAAGAUGAUAAUUCUGGCUACUUCUGCCAUGCCCUACGAACUCCUGCCUCCUAAGAUACAACAGUUCUUUAAGACGGACCUAUCAAAGGAGUAUCAGCCAACUAUGUCUGAGGCUGUUCCACAAUUCACUGUACAAGUUACUGAAAAUUCUGACCAGGACAUGGCCAUUGACCUGUCUGCUACUGAGUUGUCAAGGCGGGCAAUCCAAGUGUUUCUUCAUUUGGUGCAUCAGGGAACACAUACACACUAUGACUUACAGAAGACAUACAAAAUAGAGGAUCCUGGCCAGAGUUGUAGAGAUCCACCUCACCAGAAUAAUCCUGAUCAUGGUGCAGGGGAAGAAGUAGGUAUCAAAUCAAAACCUCCUGAGGAUUGUUCUUUAAAAGUGCCAUCGAUACCUAUCAGCAUAAAUGUGAAACCGAAAUCUAGCUUGCAGUUAGCUGUCUCUACAUUUGGUUAUCAAAUUCUACGGUAUCCCCAAUUUGCUGAGCUUUGUUGGGUAACAUCAAAGCUUAAGGAAGGGCCAAGCGCAGAUGUUUCGGGUCCUUGGAGAGGAUGGCCGUUUAAUUCGUGUAUCAUUCGUCCUUGUAAUCCAUCAGAGCAGACUAUUACUGCUUCCGGUUCCAACAAUGUUAGAAGCAAAGAUGUAUCUGGCAUUGCCAGAGGCCUCGUUGCUGUUGGAUUAUCAGCGUAUAGAGGAACCUAUACAUCACUGAGGGAAGUCUCUUUUGAAGUAAGGAAAGUUCUCGAGCUAUUAGUUGGGCGGAUCAAUAUGAAAAUCGAUGCUGGAAAGGACAGAUGUCAAUAUAUCCGAAUUUUGUCUCAAGUUGCUUAUCUGGAAGAUCUGGUUAAUAGUUGGGUAUAUGCAAUGCGAAGUUUUGAAUCGAAUGCUCAAACAGAGUCGAUGAAUCCCUUGUCGUGUUCUGUAGCUGAUGCGACAGUGAGGGAUGAGCCAACUGAGCAAGGAACAUCUGAUCGAUCAAAAGGAGACCUGAAAGAAGAUACCCAAAACAUGAAUUGCCCAGACCCUAUAGCAUCUACUAAUCUUACGGACAGUCAUCAGCCAGAUCUAGAGAUUACGGACGGCUUAGUUUUGAUCAAAGAGAAUGGUGAUGAUGCUUCGAACUCUGCAAUGUUGAUGGAGGAUUCAAGAGUAAUUUCCUUGCAUCAGGCUGUUCUCCUUGAUCUUAACUCUCCUGCAGCUGACCAUGAACAGAAUGUAACCCACAAUGGAUCAUGCGAGGUAGAAACAACAGCAACAGUCACUUGUGUGCAAGAAAAAGCUAAUUCAGAAAACAAUCCUGUUGGAAUCUCACAGGAAGAUCCCAAAAAAUCAGCUGACUCAAGUAAUGGUGAAGGAGAUUCUGCAGACAGCAUGCAUGAACCAGUUAAACAAGUUGAAACACCUGCAAGAACCAAUCCUCUGGAUGACCCUAGUUUAGUUUGUUUGUACCGUUGCUGCCCUCAGUGUGUCUCCAUCCUCCAAGAUUCAAUGCGUAAAUUAGUAACUCGCGAACUGAGACUUGGUAGCAGCCACAUCACUACAGAGGGUAUACAUGAUGCGGUUUCUUCAUUAUCAGUAGAGCUUAUUGCUGCUGUUAGAAAGUUCAUCUCUGCCAGAAACAAUGGUGCUACGCAGGAAGUAGAGGUUGAAGAACGUGAUGAAAGCUCAGAAAAGGAAGCAUGUCCAUGCAAAAGGUUACUUGGUAAUUUUCUUGCCUCUGCCGAAUGCUGCAGUCAUUCUGCCGAAGAGCAAGGGGGCGUAGAUAAAGCGAACACAUCUCCAAGCGCUAAGAGUUGGCUUGAACCAGUAUUCGUUUUCAGGGACGGGAUAUUGGUUCCGGUAAGUACCGAAGAUGACUGCGCCUUGCACUGUAAAUAUGAUAGUUUAUGCCUUGGUUCUCUCAUAGAGUUGGUUGCAACUGAGAUGAAGCCUUUUUGAUUGAUUGAACUUUUUUUAAUCUUUUUGUCUACUCAAAUAUACAGACUGUUAUCUUAGACGUAUGAAAAAAAUUCAGCAGGGUCAUGGCUCAAGUUUUUCAUAACUCUGUUUGGGCUGCUAAUUGAUUUCUUUCUCUUGAGA